UUUGGAACGAAGAAUCAAACAUUAAAUAAAAAUAGCAAUAGAAAAAAAUAAAUCAAAUCAUGAUCUUUAACCACAUUAUGAUGUUAGAAGCUGUUAUCGUCUUCGCAAUAUUUGUUCAGAACACGUUGAGCGUUCCGAUCCAUAAACAACCGGGGUCGAGUUUGCAAGAAGUUUUCACAAUACAUAAACGGUCAGAUUACACCGUUGAAUUUAAAAUGAAUAGUGAAUCACAUCAAAACUUAAAGGAAAAUAAAACCUUAAACGAAAUUGCCGAUGCUAGUGUGCAGGACUUUAAUAACGAUCUUGUAUGUCCAGAUGAAGUUUCAACAAGAGCAUCCGACCCGGUACACAGAAGGUCAAGUUGUCCCUGGUACUACAAAGUAACACAUGAACCAAGGAGAUGGCCAGUUACCAUUAUUGAGGCAGAAUCACUCUGUCCCUAUGCCAUUGGUUCAAACAAAGGAUUAGAGUGUACUCCGGUGACACAGGCCAUGUCUGUGCUGAUUCAGGACACUCAAAAAGACUCACAGGGGUUGUACGUAUGGAAGCAGAAAACUAUUCAAAUCGCUGUAGGCUUCACAGCAUCUGGUAGACGUAUUGCUGAAAGCCAAACGCCUUCACCUACCACAGCCGAAUCAAAUGAUGAGCCAGUAUGGGCGAAAUAAAUAUUUGACUCGGAAGUUUUCAAAUUUUGACAACAUAUCUGAGACAUUUUCGUCCAAGUUUAUGAACGUGUAAGUUGGGCCAUACUGGCUUCCUGAAAUAGUAUGACAUAUUGUUAGGUUGUUCUGUAGUAUAUUAAGAUUUAUAGAAAGAUGUUCUGAUUUUUUUAAAUGUCAGUUAUUUAUUUGCGUAUUUGUUAUUGCUAGGAAGUUCACGAGUAAUUGUCAGUUAUUUAUUUGCGUAUUUGGUAAUGCUAAAAAGUGUUUGUAUUAUUGUCUGUUGUUAAUUUGAGUAUUUCUAUCGCUCGAAAGAGUAUUUGUGAGUAGUAUGUGUGUGUUGUUAUAAACGAUAUACGUUCAGUAUUUUGACCUGCAAAGGGCAUUCAAGUUGUGUACUCUAACACGUGCAAUACAUAUUUUUCUUAUUUAUGUUUUAAGAAUUGAGCUGCCUUUCUUUUUACAUUUUAUUUAUCAUUUUAUGUGUUAAGUUUGAAAUAAAAAAUAGUUUAAAUUGAAAAUCAUACUUAU